UUUAUCUCUCCAUAUCCGACACAUCUCCAAUCAUGUUUAUAAGGCUUCCUAGCUAGGAGAACUUGAGAUGGGUUACUCUGUAAUGGUGCUAAGGAUGAAGAUCGGAUUCCCCCUCCUCGUCCUCUUCCUCCUCCUUUCCUUCCGGGUCGACCAGGCAAUGAGCAGUAAUGACUUUGUUGAUAGCUACUGCAACAGAGACAUCAAUUACAUUGACGGAAGCAAGUUUCAAACGAACAUGCACCUCGCCUUUGCCACCUUGAUAGCGGAUGUCAAUCCCCUUGGUUUCUCCAAUGCCCCAGAGGGUGAAGGAUCGGAGAGAGUGUAUGCCAUGGUGCUGUGCAGGGGUGACAUUGAUAAGCAAACCUGCAAGGAGUGCAUCGACACUUCGACCCAAAAGGUCAACGACACAGACUGCACCUACCCCAUGGAAGCCAUCAUAUGGUAUGAAAAGUGCCAGCUCUGCUACUCCAACACCAAAUUCUUUGGCCACCUCGAUGUCGAUCAAUCUGGGGCUCAUCUUUGGAACUCACCUGACGUUAAUGAUUCGUUCAACGAGAAGUUGAGCAGUCUGCUUCAGAAUCUGAUUUCCCAGGCGACAACAGGGCGUUCAACGCCCUUGUUUGCCACGGGAUCCAUCCCGUGGAAUGGCCAAGAAACGAUAUACGGACUGAUGCAGUGCACCAGGGAUACCAGCCUUGCUAAUUGCCAAAAGUGUUUGGAAACCACCAGAUCCCAGAUUCCUACGUCGGAUACUUGCCAACAUUCAAUCGGUUGUGAAUUUGUCAGGGGAAGUUGCCGUUUGAGGUACGAUACAGUGCUCUUUUAUGGAACCACAACUCCAAACCCACCCCCUCCAUCAAAAAUCAAGGCCAAGCCCACCUCUUACACCCUAUUCAGCACCUCUAUCAAGUCAAAAGCCAAGCGUAUUAACUCCUCCGCCCAAUGCUGGAUCCAACACUACUACAUCAGGCUGGUUCUCUCUCUCUGUCUCUCUCCCUCCCCCUCCCCAAUUCAUAUGACAAGAAUAUUUUAUAUAUGCAGGCCAUCAGAAAAGUAUAGGGAGAAAACGCAUGUAUAUCAUAACCGGCAUCUCCGUCAUGAUGAUUGUGGUUGUUAUUACUUGCUUAAUUUGCGGCUUUUACUGGUGGAUGAGAGAAUUUUGUUGCCUUUGGAGAAAUACGUUGAAGCCUCGCGGAUUGCAGAGGAAGAAAGAAGAAGAUGACGGAUCGGAACAACGAGCUUUGAGGAGAGCAGAUGCGAUAGAUGGUGCAACACUCGAUCUGGCUAUCGUCAGAGCUGCCACCAAUGAUUUUGCACCCAAAAAUAAGCUUGGAGAGGGAGGAUUCGGUGCAGUUUACAGGGUAUAUGUGCACUAGUCUUUUAUACUCAGUUUCCUGGCUCUGCUUGAAAAUUUAUGACACAUCAGUUGGGAAAACGAGAGAGCUGCUGUUGAAUCCGAGUUACUAAGCUUGCUAAGUUCCUUCACUAACCAUGGCAUUGUCAGGGCCAGCUACUGGAUGGUCAAGAAAUAGCUGUAAAAAGGCUGUCGCGCAAUACAGGGCAUGGUCCGAAGCAAUUCGGCAAUGAAGUGCAGACAAUCACUAAACUUCAACACAGAAAUCUUGUCCGACUUUUAGGAGGCUUUAUGGAAGGUGAAGAGAAGAUACUCAUCUAUGAGUAUGUGCGGAAUACUAGUCUCGACAAUUUUCUCUUUAGCAAGUUUGUUUUAGCUUUUGCUCGUUAUGCUUUCUUUUGCCUGAAGUGGUCGUCUUGUAGUGUAGUGGUGGAACCAGAGAGAUGUUGUGAGAGGUGGCGACUGGGAAUGGCAAGCCACAAAUUUGUGGUUUAGGGUGAACUGUAAUUUAAAUUUCAAAUUUUAUGGGGCACUUAAAAAUUAUUAAUUUGCAAAUAAGAAAAUUUUAAAUGGCGACUCUGCUACUCAUAGUAGGUAGGGAAAUUGACUGUUUCAUGACAAGAGGAGAGUUCCAGUGAAGGUGUUUGGCAAUCAGUGGCAAAAGGAGUCAAAGUGUGUCGUUCUGAGCAUGAGAACAUAACAUGUGUGCAUGUGUAGGCAGCUGUCCAUACAGGUCCACAAAUUCUGUUUAUUUUCACAUGGGUAGUCUUCCACUAAUUUGUUUAUUCGUAUAAGAUAUGCCCUUUUACCAUUUUACUCUGUAUGAUUUUUCAAAUGUAUAUCCCUUGGACAAAAUUGAACAGGGAGACCAUCUGGAGGUGAGUUUCAGAAACGGAGAGGUUGGACUCAUAGUACACCUGUAACUUGUAAGAAGAAAUAGCAGUGUAACAGCACCUGGUUUUCGGUUUUCUUGUUAGAGAUAAUUUCUUUAGCAAACUUUAGUUUGUCAGAGAGAUCUUAUCAUUGCUGAUGGAGCAAGUAGGACUGUAGACUGUAGUAUGUAUCAUAAGUCACAUAAGUACUUCAAUAAGGUUCACAUACUAUGUUGAUGUAUCCGUACCUAAAGUGGGUAGUUGGAUACACUUAGGUACUUUUAAAAUAAAAAAUGAUCCAAACUAUUUAAUUUUACGUGAUUCAAUUUUUUUCAACUCAUUUUUCAUUCUAUUUUUAGAGUUAUUGUUUAUUAACAUGUAAUGUUUUUAUUGAAAAUCACUUCUUUAUUUAAAUGUUGCUUUCAUAUUUUUGAUUUUUGAUUUUUUGAUUUUUUGCAUAUAUAUAUAUAUAUAUAUAUAUCUUGUCGUACCUUCAUAUUCACAUUUCUUAACGUUGCCAUGUUGGUACCUAUAUCUCAGUAUUCAUACCCAUUACUUAAGAUGUAUCAAGGAAGUAUUGCCAGUGGAUUUCUUUUAAAAAAAUAUAAGCAAGAUAAGAGAAAAAACAUGAUUUUUUACUAUGGAAGGCCACCAUGGACCUUGUAGCGGAUGGGUAUCCAAUUCCUUUGUUUGUAGAUCUAUUACAGCGAUGCAAUGCUUAAAAUCAAGGGAUCCGAACCCGACCAGGUUUAUAAAUAUAUCAACGUCAUGAGUUUUGCUUGGCCUCCGUAACAAAAGACUGUGCAAAUAACCUUAGCAUUAGUAUCUCGCUAAUUUCUUUCAAUUAUCUCACGCUAAGAUCAAAAUUUAUUCUAGAAUGAUAUGGUUCAGGAAACUUCGAGACAUUGAUGCAUAUAUAACUAUUGGUGCCCCCUGGUUUUAUUAUGUUAUAUGCAGUUAUUAUGUUACACAUGCAGUAGCAGAGCUAUAUAUAGGCCAGUGUGGGCAGUUGUCCAUGCUAACAACAAUAUUUUUAUUCAUUUUUGCAUAUUUUUACAUCGAUGUCUUAUAAUUAUGUAUUUAUUUAUAUAUGUUGUGCCCUUUCCAAAAUAAGAAUUUUUACAAUAGUGCUCCAUAGCCAAAAAUUUCUGGCUACACCACUGGUUAUAUAAAGUCAUACAUUGCUGCAUGGUUUAUAAGAAAAUGGUUGAACAUGAAAUGUUUUUGUACUUUAUCUUGUAACGUUACGUAUUUGCUUAGCAUUACUAGAAAAUAAAAGGACAAUUCAACUUUGAUUUUAUUUUUCUUUGAAAGGGGAGCCAACCAAGUGUAUGCAAUUGGAUUGGCCAGUACGUUUCAAGCUCAUAAAUGGAAUAGCUAGAGGUCUCUUAUUCCUGCACGAAGAUUCAAGGCUGACAAUUGUUCACAGGGAUAUGAAAGCAAGCAACAUUUUACUAGAUGAAGACAUGAACUCCAAGAUCUCAGAUUUUGGCACUGCAAAGGUUGUCGACACAGACCAAACACAAACCGAAACACUUGAGAUUAUUUGAACUCGAUUUUCAUCUUUUUCUGCAGUGGAUAUAUGGCACCAGAGUAUCUGCUUGAAGGAAGGGUGUCAGUAAAGAUAGAUGUUUACACCUUUGGUGUUUUACUGCUGGAGAUGAUAAGUGGAAAAAAAAAAUUCUCCAUAAUCCAAAAAGAGGCUGAUGAAAAUCUAUUAAAUUAUGUAUGGAGACUUUGGGGGGAAAACAAGGCACUGCAAGUUGUGGAUCAAAUAUUGGAAGGAACAUGUGACAAGGACGAGAUAUUAAGAUGCAUCUAUAUUGGCCUGCCAUGUGUUCAAGAAGAUGCAUCAAGCAGGACCAAAAUGUCCAAGGUUGUUGCGAUGCUUGAAAACAGGAUCCUUCCAUCCAUUUUGCCUCCUGCCCCCCCUACCAAGAAAAUCAGAAACCUUUCUUUGGGAGCACAAACGAGCUCAGGGUUGGUUCAAAGUUUUAUUCAUCAUCUUACUGAAACUUUUAACUACUCAUGAGAGAAGGAAGUAGAGAUUGUAAUUUGUUCCCUACCUUUCAAUGCAUGAUUUGAAUUGUUCCUUUGGCGUAUGAGCUUUGAACUUCUUGGUUAGUUUGUCGCUGAUGUGUUUUUUGUUUGUAAUAGUUGUCAGGAUGUGGAGAUGUCUCCGUAUACACUUGAGUUGUGAUUUAAUGUUGUGCAGUACAAUGUCUAACCUCUUAUUCCUCUGAUAAGGAGAUCAGUGUGGACCGAUAUGUCAAAGGAAGAUGUCAUCUGGGAACGGCAACUUGAUCCCAAGCAGGAAAUCUAAGCAACACUUAAUUAGUCAAGCCAUCCAAAUCCAUUGUUAAGAGUAGUUAAUUAGUUUUACAUCUUUUGUUUGUUAUGUGCCAGUAUGACAAGAACAUUGGAAAUUUCCUCUUAUUAUGGUAAAUGAGUGAAAAGGGGACCAUUAUGUUUUA